ACCGGGACUGUAUCAGGAACCUUGGAAGCACUGCCAACAUGUCUGACGUUCAAGAAGCCACCAACCAGCUCCUUGAUGUGAACCUUCAUGAGAACCAGGAGUCUAUACAAGUGAUGGAAAGUGGCCCCAGAAGUGAGUCCGAGCAAUUCCAAGUCACUAUUGGAGCCACUGUACCUACUGGCUUUGAGCAAACAGCUGCAGAUGAAGUGAGAGAGAAAUUGGGGUCAUCAUGCCAAAUCAGCAGAGACCGGGACAAGAUAUAUUUUGACAUUUCAGUGGAAAGUCUGGCUCAGGUUCAUUGUCUGAGAUCAGUUGAUAACUUAUUUGUGGUUGUUCAGGAGUUUAAAGAUUACCAGUUCAAAGAAACAAAGGAAGAAGUUUUAAAGGAUUUUGAAGAAGUGGCUGGGAAGCUCCCAUGGUCAGACCCUUUAAAAGUAUGGAAAAUUAACACGAGUUUCAAGAAAAAAAAAACAAAGCGCAAAAAGAUAAAUCAGAAUUCAGGUAAAGAGAAGACUGAUGAUGGACGAGGAGACAAGACUGAUGAGAGAGAUGUUAAAAAAGCGUUCACUAGCAAUCCCUUAGAUUCACAUAUCUUAGACUAUUAUGAAAAUCCAGCCAUCAAAGAAGAGGUAUCAACAUUAGUAGGUGACGAUUUGGCAUCUUGCAAAGAUGAGACUGAUGAAAGCUCAAAAGAAGAAACUAAUCCUGAAGUGCUGAAGUUUAGAGUCACGUGCAACAGGGUAGGAGAGAAGCAUUGCUUUUCCUCAAAUGAAGCCGCGAGAGAUUUUGGGGGUGCCGUUCAAGAGUACUUUAAGUGGAAGGCUGACAUGACCAACUUUGAUGUGGAGGUUCUUUUGAAUAUCCAUGAUCAUGAAAUUGUUGUGGGCAUUGCAUUGACAGAAGAGAGUCUCCACCGAAGAAAUAUCACACAUUUUGGACCCACCACUCUUAGAUCUACUGUUGCCUAUGGCAUGCUCCGGCUCUGUGCUCCUCAACCUACUGAUAUAAUAGUUGAUCCGAUGUGUGGAACCGGGGCAAUACCAAUAGAGGGGGCUACUGAAUGGUCUAACUGUUAUCAUAUUGCUGGUGAUAAUAAUCAGUUGGCUGUGAAUAGAGCUGCAAAUAACAUCUCAUCUUUAUUGUCCAAGAACCAAAUUAAAGAAGGCAGACCCUCCUGGGGCUUGCCCAUAGAUGCUGUCCGGUGGGAUAUCUGCAAUCUGCCAUUGAGAACUGGCUCUGUGGACAUUAUUGUAACAGACAUGCCAUUUGGAAAAAGGAUGGGCUCCAAGAAGAGAAACUGGAACCUUUAUCCUGCUUGCCUACGAGAGAUGAGCCGUGUUUGUAGACCAGGGACAGGCCGAGCUGUCCUACUCACUCAGGACAAGAAAUGCUUUACCAAGGCAUUAUCCGGAAUGGGACAUGUAUGGCGGAAGGUGCAUACUGUCUGGGUGAACAUAGGGGGUCUUCAUGCCACAGUUUCUCUGAAAUGAACGCCUCAAGCUUUUGUUCAUCCUUCAGAGCAAGAUGGAGAAAGAACUCCUUGGUAA